CGUGUGGCUGGUGGCGUGUUUUCUCCUCGCCUCGGUAAAGUUCUGCAGCGGCCACAGUUUGAAUCUUCGCAGCGGCCUCACUCGACCUCCAGCGACAGGAACCACGCCGCGGUGUUACAGACUGAGUUCCCCGGAGCUGGAGCACGUUUCGGCGGCUUGUGUCGUCGCGGCCGGCAAGUGGGAAGCUGCUCGCUGACCCGCUAACAACCGGAGCUGCUCCCUCGUUGCCAGGCGGAGCAGCGUGAGCUUCCUUUGUCGUUUGAAAACAGUGGUUCCUCCUCUCGGGUGGUAACAGGCCAUCUUUACUGUCGGUGUAGUGGGGUCGCACCCAGACAAACACACCAGCAUCGAGUUGGAGGAACAUGCCCAUUAGGCGGGUCGGGGGUCACAGGUCGCUCGUCUCUCUCACCCCUAAACUGUCGUACGGUUUCAAGAUGAACGUGUCAAGAAGUGGAUACCGUGUGUUCUCCGCUAACUCCAGCCCCGCCUGCACAGAGCUGGCCAAGAAGAUCACAGAACGCUUGGGUGUGGAAUUGGGCAAGUCGGUGGUUUAUCAAGAGUCAAAUACAGAGACAAGAGUUGAUGUGAAAGAGUCUGUACGUGGACAAGACAUCUUUAUCAUUCAGACCAUUCCCAGAGAUGUCAACACGGCCAUCAUGGAGCUGCUGGUCAUGGCUUACGCCCUGAAGACGAACUGUGCCAAGAACAUCAUCGGGGUCCUCCCUUACUUUCCUUACAGCAAGCAGUGCAAAAUGAGGAAGAGAGGAUCCAUCGUCUGCAAGCUGCUCACAUCCAUGUUGGCUAAAGCUGGGCUAACUCACAUCAUCACCAUGGACCUCCACCAGAAAGAAAUCCAAGGCUUCUUCAGUUUCCCUGUUGACAACCUAAGAGCUUCACCUUUCCUCAUCCAGUACAUCCAGGAAGAGAUCCCAGACUACAGAAAUGCCAUAAUUGUUGCAAAAUCCCCUUCAGCUGCCAAGAGAGCUCAGUCCUACGCCGAGAGGCUGCGCCUUGGCCUGGCUGUGAUGCACGGAGAGGCCAAUCACUCCGAGUCGGACAUGGCCGACGGGCGACACUCUCCCCCCUUGUCCCGCACCACUACUGGACACACUGGCCUAGAGCUACCAUUGAUGAUGGCUAAAGAGAAGCCGCCAAUCACUGUCGUUGGAGAUGUAGGAGGAAGGAUCGCCAUCAUCGUUGAUGACAUUAUCGAUGAUGUGGAGGACUUUGUUGCAGCAGCAGAGAUCCUGAAGGAGAGGGGAGCCUACAAGAUCUACAUCAUGGCCACACACGGCCUCCUGUCUGCGGAUGCACCACGACUCAUAGAGGAGUCUGCAAUUGAUGAGGUGGUGGUGACCAACACUGUUCCUCAUGAGGUUCAGAAGCUGCAGUGUCCAAAAAUCAAAACCGUGGAUGUCAGUAUGAUCCUGGCCGAGGCCAUCCGCCGCAUCCACAACGGAGAGUCCAUGGCUUAUCUGUUCCGCAACAUCGCUGUGGACGACUGAGGCAACACACACACAUUUACAUUCCUGUACUCACAAAAAAAAACACAUUACCAAGCACACACACGCGCACACACAAGGACCAAGUAUUCCCGCUCUGUUUUAAACUGUUGUGCUUGUUUUGGUGAUAAACAUGCAGACAGGAUUUGUCUGUAUUUACUGCAUGUUACAUAUGAAGCAACUGAAACACUGUUUCCUCUGUGUCACAUAGUGGAAUUGUACCAACAAAACACACUGUUUCACUUCACUAGUAUAUGCUUCCAACCAUCUGCAGGCACAUAAUGUAUCAUGGCAAAUAAAACUCUUCUUGGGUGAGAAA